CUUUGUAUUUGACUACUCAGCCAUCAUGGAAGUGGAUCAACAGCCUUUUGUAACCGUGGGCGCAUUCCAUUAUGAUUCUGAACGACGUGCAAUGUUGUUUUGCCUUGGAAAUGCUGAGAUGGACGAAGUCAAGUCCUUCCUCGCUGUGUUCCAGGCUCCCAUUCAUGAUUUCAGCCUCAAGAUUUGUCCGUCUUUCUUCAUGGUUGAGGCUCCGUCUAGCCGAAUUGCACCACUAUUGAAAUACAUUGGUGCCAUGCCCAACUUGAAGGUCCUGCAUAUUGGAUCCCUGGAAACGGAAGAGCUCAACAAUGAAAAGAACAGUGUCGAAGUGUCCGCCCUCUCGGGUGCUCUGAACCCAAAUCUGAAACAGUUUACAUUGGAGAAUCUCUGGCUCCGUGGAAGUCUUUCCGAUAUGGAUGCGUUUGCCCACCGUAUGCAGACAACCUUGUUGGAUCUGGAAAGUUUUGUCCUCGACAAAGUCGGAGCCGGCACUGCGAAAGCACCGCCUAGAUCUACCGGUACUGGUACCGGUAUAUUGGACACCAUUUCUACAGCGAUGGUUCAGAUGCCCUCACUUCGUGGUGCCUGCUUGGAAGUCCGCGACAAGUCGCUCGGUGUCUUGCUCCCGUCCUCACUCCAGCUCUGCUUCGACAAAGGCAACAAGUGGGAACAGCUAACCUUGGGGAAUGUGGGGUUGAGCACGCCUCAUCUCAGGGUUCUGGGAGCGGCCAAUCGGCACAAACACCUUCGCCGUCUGGACCUGAACUGCCACAUCACAGUUGAGGGAGCCCUUGCUAUUACAAGAAUGCUGCGCACGCAAAGGACGCUGAUGAAACUCACCCUGCGCUUGACAUCAGACGGAGGCCGGAGCUCCGCUAUUGGUUUGCCUCAUGGCCGGAACAAAGCCUCCAGUGAAGUCCAACUCCACCGAAACCAAGUGUUGGCACAGGGGAUUGUAGCUUCUCCAGUGCUCGCAGCAUUGGAGCUCUUCAAUGUGGAUUUAUCCACAAAGGAACUAAGAGAGCCCUUUUCUCAAAUGCUACAAGACAACUAUUCCCUUCGUGUGGCCAGGUUCCGAUGCGAGAAGCAAGGCAUAGAGCCACAUGACCUCAGAGAUCAAAGCGACUUCUACACUCGCUUGAACAAGUACGGAAGAAGCCAUCUGUUUCGAUGCCCCCGUUGCAGUGUCUGUGAUGAUGCGUACAUUGCAUUCAUGGGCGGCCUUCCAAACAGAGAUAAGGAUCACCUCAGUACGCUUUUCUACUUUCUAAGAAACAAGCCUUCGCUUUUCCUGAAUGUUCAGAGUGAUGGCGAGAGUCUAGAUGCGGGUCAACGCGCCACUGGCAAGCGCAAACGUCUCCAUCGUUUCUCAAAACACAGAUGCAAGUCCUACAAGGUUUGAAGUACUACCUCGACUCUCACUUCCACAACCCGGGGAACUAUUCUUUUAUGUCUCUCCAUGUAGAUAUGGAGCCGCAUGUCUAUUUUGUUUGCCCGCACCAUGCAGCUCUUGUAAUCGCUAUCAAGUUGAGGGACCCAGCUUUCCCGGCAUGUUGGAGAUAAACCAAAAUAAUACAGAGCCAACCUUCUGUC